GUUUUGGAGAAGAGUCGGAAAAAGAGUGAGUUGGUUAGGGUAGUUUGGAGAGAGAGAGGGUGUCGGGUGUUAGGAGGUAUAUAAAGUGAAACACAUCGCAGCAACCAGGUUAGGGCGCAAUAGAAAAUACAAGCCGUAGAAGAGGGCUUCGUUCUUUGUGUUCGUUCGCAAAGGAAACUCUAUCCUUAGAUAUAGCGAUGGAUCGGUACCAGAAGGUGGAGAAGCCGAGAGCUGAAACUCCAAUCGAUGAGAAUGAGAUCCGUAUUACUAGUCAGGGGAGAAUGAGGAACUACAUUACUUACGCCAUGAGCUUGCUUCAGGAGAAAGGUUCUAAUGAAAUUGUUUUCAAAGCAAUGGGGAGGGCUAUCAACAAAACCGUUACUAUCGUGGAGUUGAUCAAGAGGAGAAUUGUGGGCCUCCACCAGAAUACAGCAAUUGGAUCCACUGAUAUCACUGAUACUUGGGAGCCCCUAGAAGAAGGCCUCCUUCCUUUGGAGACAACAAGGCAUGUGUCAAUGAUAACAAUAACCCUCUCAAAGAAUGAACUUGAUACAUCUUCUGUGGGGUAUCAGCCUCCAUUACCAGCUGAUCAGGUGAAGGCUGCUACAGAUUUUGAUUAUGAAGGAGAUGGUUCACCUAAUGGCCGUGUUCGAGGUCGUGGUGGUCGAGGAAGGGGAAGGGGCAGAGGGAAUGGUUUUAUUUCAGCUGAUUACGAGGACGGUGGUUGGGAUCGUAAUAGGGGAAGUGUCAGGGGCAGGGGUAGAGGAAGAGGACGCGGUUUUCGUGGUCGUGGAAGGGGAGGAUACAAUGGGCCCCAAUUUGAUGUGCAGCAAGAUGGAGGAUACAACCAAGAUGUUCCUCAAGGCCGUGGUCGUGGCCGCGGCAGGGGUGGAUAUCGUGGAAGAGGGCGUGGCUUUAGAUCAAAUGGACCAAUCCAAGCAGCUGCCUGAGGCAACUAGUUGGCUGGCAUUAGUGCAGUGCAGUUGACUUGAUUAGUGAAGCAAAGCCAAAGCCAUGUCUAAUUUUAUGUUUUCUUUUAUUUGUUCAAUUUUCUUCAUUUCCCCCUUCUUUUUCUCUGGGGCCCGAAGAACUGUAGGGCAUUUUCUUCUUACAGUUUUAUGUAGACGUUUAGUUUUGAGACUGCUGCCACAUAAGGCACCCUUUGUUUUAGACCUUGGUCAGUUGUACUUCUGUUUUGGCCCUGAAUCUCAUUCUUUUAUUUUUAUUUUCUAGAGAAGUGUUUAAAUUCAUGCC